UGGGAUGUCUUGUGUAUUUGGCGCGUCUGUUUGAUCUUCACAUCUUUAGCCGUUGCAUGGAAAUUCAUUGAGGGUCUGUAUUAGGGUAAGUAGACGAACGAGGGAUUACAAAUUAUGUAUAUAGUAAAAAAAAAAAAAUAUUAAAUUUAUUUGUUCCGAUAAACCAGAUUUUUUAAUAUAAAGAUCUGUUACAACACAAUUUUGUAUAUUCACAUAAAUGCUCCGAAGAUCGACUGUUUAGUAUUCUUAUACAUUUUCAGGGAUUGUGCUUGCUCAGACAACUGUUUCAAUCAUUAGUUAUUGUGUUCGUGCAAACAACUUGUAUAAUUAAUCAGUAAUUAAGUUUGCUCAAUCAACCGAGACAAAAAAAAAAAAAAAGAGGAAGUUGACAUUUAUUAUUUUUGGUCCUCCCAGAUAGUUGGCACCAUGCAGUGUUUUACACUCGGACAGACAACUGUUUCAAUAAUUAGUUAUUGUGUUCGUGCAAACAACUUGUAAAAUUAAUCAGUAAUUAAGUUUGCCCAAUCAACCGAGACAAAAAAAAAAAAAAAGAGGAAGUUGACAUUUAUUAUUUUUGGUCCUCCCAGAGAGUUGGCACCAUGCAGUGUUUUACACUCGGUCACAAAUAUCCUCGAACGACCAAUGGCGUCCAACUGAAGCCACCGCCUCCCCGCUACUACAAGCAAAGACCUCGCUGGAUUCCAGAACCAUCAAGGAAUGCACGGCCGUGGGUGCCUGAGGGUGUGCCGUACCCUCCCCAAUUUUACACACUGGUAAGUCAGAGAGUGUUUCACAUCAGACACCAGUUUCACACACUACUAAAUCAGAUGGUGUUCCACAUCAGACACCAGUUUCACACACUACUAAGUCAGAUAGUGUUCCACAUCAGGCACCAGUUUACGCACUAGUAGGGCAGAGGGUGUUGCACGUAUUGAGGCCAUACAUGUCCCAAGACACAAUCAGUUUGGUUCCGAUUGGUGCAGACUCAUUUGUCCAUGGUGUAUAAUAAGAAAAUUCAGUGCUCUCUUGUCAGUACGUUGACUGAGCCUUCAGACAACUUGAGAUACACUCCACGUGAUUGGUCUUUAAGAUAUUGACCUUUACAAAACUGGAGUAGCACAAGGUCAAGUGGGGAAGACUCCUGGUUUAGAAUUUAGUUUUCAUAAUAGUUAUGAAUUAAUAAAGAUAAAGUAGAAAUGAUUAUAAUGACCCACUGAUUACUUUUGAAAUGAUUAUAGUUUAUAUAUACUGAUUAAGUUACAUUUAAGAAUAUUGCUAAACAUAACAAUCAGUUCAUGUGUUCAGCAUAAAGCAAGGGCGCGUGGGAAGGGGGUGCAAGGUGACCCCCUUCUCCCUCUUGAAAUUUCUCAACUACUCGCUUGUAAAUAAAAUACUAAAGUGACACAAAUGGAAAGGCCUGCCAAAAGUACCGUAGGGCGCUGAUGACUGUGGGUGAUCAUGACAGUGUAAACUUAUAUGUGUGCCAGUGGCGUGAGAAAGGGGUGAACAGGGGGUGGUCCGCCCGGGCGGCAAUUGUUUCUUUAUGAAGGGGCGGCAUUUUCGAGCAACUUUGGAGUUGUUGUUUUUUGUAUUUUUUUCGUGGAAGGGGGCAGCAAGGAUCUUGGCCCGCCCCUGGCGGCAUUAACAUUAGCUACGCCACUGAAAUAUUACCUUCAUUGCAAAGGACCGAGCUAUUGCUCUUUAAUGGCCCCGGCAAGUAAGGAACAGGCCUGCCUCAUCUGCUGGACAGUCCCGUAAAUCAGGCUUUCGACGUGGUUGGCUGGGAGCACCCCAGUCAUACCAUUCGCUAAUGUUGAGCACUCGGCUAGAAGGUGAGCUCUACUGUUUCCGGGGCCUGUCCACAGUGACAGCAGCUCGGGUCUCGCAGUGGGUGUAACCUUUUCAGGUAGACCCGUUCCCAUCUGGGUGAUGAGGCUCUGCUGGUGGCGUUUAAGACUCCACCAUCUGGGUGAUGAGGCUCUGCUGGUGGCGUUUAAGACUCCACCAUCUGGGUGAUGAGGCUCUGCUGGUGGCGUUUAAGACUCCACCAUUGAUCGGCCUUGUGGUUAGUUUUCGGCAUGCUCCGGUAAAGUUUACGGGUAGUGGUAACCUGUUCCCAUUCUUUAAUCCAUUCCAAAUAGAAGAUUUUGAUUCUGAUUCUGAUUGACUGCGUCGCUGCAACCAAGUACUGGCAUAUGUGCAACUAUUUGACAAACGAUGCGGCUAUCCUAACCGCUCCUAGCGGAUCCCAGGGCAGCCUUGAAACUCUCGAUUGAUGUCGAGUCCAUGGUGGCAUUGUCCAGUUGGUUCCAAGCAAUUAUUGUUCGUGGAAAGAAUGGUUGUUUAUAUUGAACUGUGUUACACCGAGGCACAGUGAAGCUUUUAUCACUGUUCCGGAUGUAACUGCUCAUGGAUUUCCUUAAUCCAGGCGUUGGCCCUAGUUGGGUCAUUGGUCGGUUAGGUUGAGGCUGGGAGGAGCAUUGUUUCGCAAGAUAGUCAGCUCUGUCUUGAGGGGGGGGGGAUGACCGAGUGUCCUGGGAUCCAUUGAAAGGUCACUUUGCCUCCGUGGUACUGUGUGUCCCGUACGAGCUCCACAAUAGCUUGUGCCAUUUUCCCGUCCGAAGACAUUGUUUCGCAAGAUAGUCAGCUCUGUCUUGAGGGGGGGGGGGAUGACCGAGUGUCCUGGGAUCCAUUGAAAGGUCACUUUGCCUCCGUGGUACUGUGUGUCCCGUACGAGCUCCACAAUAGCUUGUGCCAUUUUCCCGUCCGAAGAGCACCUCUUCACAAUUUCGAGAGUGCAUUGUGAAUCGGUAAACAGCACGAUGGAAGUAAAUGUUUUACGUCUGGCUAGCCGACGGCGCACUUGCUUCAGGCCAAUUAAUAUAGCGUCGAUUUCUGCUUCUGUUGCAGUGCUAUUCGUGCCGCUUGGGCCUGAAAUCUCCUCUAUUGGAGAUACCCCCUUUGGAGACUGUAUGAGUAUCCUGCCCGCUUCUCGCUGGCGAGAUAGGAGCAGUCUUUUAAGACUGAUACCACGUCGUCCUUAUAAGACUAAAUCGUCGCUAGUACGGCCCCCUUUUGCUUAUUUUGGAGACUCGACUUGUUAACCGCCGUGUUUGACAGGGUCAGACGUACAUCAGGUGGUUCGCCGCUAUCCUGGGGUGAUCGCUUCUGGAUCAGGCGUAUUUUCUCCCUGUUCCCUGGUGAAGGUUGCUUAUUCUCAAGUGAAUGUUCUGUAUCCAGAAAGGAGGGUCUCUUCAGCCUUGUUCCCUUCACCCAGCGGUCUUGUAUUUGGAAACAGGGUUCCGCUCUUUCCAUUCGACGGUAACGCUCUACGGUCGUUAGGAUAGCCUUGUCCCUCCUGAUGUGGAGUGGUUCUAUGUCUGAGCUAAUUUCCACGGUAGCCGUGGGUGUAGUGCGUAACGCCCCGCAUACGAAUCUUAAAGCUAGAUUCUGUAUCCGGUCCAAUCCCUCUAGAACCGUACGACUUGCGAAGGCUUGGACCGGGAGGCUAUAGUCACCUCUAACGCUCCCGAGAUAGUGUUCUCAAGAGCUUUGCGUCAGCUCCCCCAAGUGGUGCUUGCAAGUUUUUUUUUAACCAGGCUGAGUUUGGACGUGGUUCUAGCACCAUGUGUUCCCGCAAGUGGUUAUGCAGUUGGAGUUUCUGGUCCAACUUUAUUUCCAAAUACGUGGGUGACUUGUCCCAUUUGAGUGGCUUCCCGCAGAUAUGGAGGCCGAUCACAUCCUUGGGAGCAUUCCUCCCAUCGGUAAAUAAUGAAUAGACGGUCCUCUCCCCAUUCACCACCAAUCUCCAUCUCCGAGCGUAAUCUUGUAUUUUGGUGCGAUCACUUCGCAGCCGGCUCUGCAAGUGCUGAAUGGAUUUGCUACAGCUUUAAAUUGCCAAAUCGUCUGCAAACAUUGUGUUCUUUGUUACCAAGAGUGACUGCAGGACGUACAUGUGUGCCAGGAACAGGGUGCAGCCCAAGGCCGACUUCUGUGGCAGUCCAACCUAGAGUGCACACAUGUUCGAAACCUUGUCCCCGACACUGGUGGAUACCGUGCGAUUUGAUAGAAAGCUACGCCACUGAUUUCUUCAACCAUAUAUUAUAAUUACAUCCCCAGUGGGUGAGGUUUUUGGUGGAACUGAAGUUAUUUUGACCCAUAGGGUUUGAGAGUGGCCACGCCCAACCAAAAAGGUGUGCUACAUUAAAGGAAAUGAUCUUUGACAGGGGUAGAAUUGAACGUACUGCUUCCGUUCUUAAAUACAUGAUUGUAACUCCGCCUAUUUUACAGAGGCGUCUACUUGUCAUCCCUGACGACCCGCCCAUGCACAGAGAGAAAAAAAUGACAGAGAUGCUGGAGGCAAUCAGUAAGCUGUGUGGUUAUGUGUGUCAUAUGUGUGGCUAUUUCUGUCAUAUAUGUGGUUAUUUGUGUCAUAUUUGUGGCUAUUUGUGUCGUAUGUGUGGCUUUUUGUGUCAUAUGUGUGGCUAUUUCGGUCAUAUGUGUGGCUAUUUCGAUCUUAUAUGUGGUUAUUUGUGUUAUGUGUGUGGCUAUUUAUGUCGUAUGCGUGGCUAUUUGUGUCAUAUGGGUGGCUAUUUCUGUCAAAUGUGUUGCUAUUUGUGUCAUAUUGGUUGCUAUUUGUGUCAUAUGUCUGGCUAUUUCUGUCAUAUGUGUGGCUAUUUCUGUCAUAUGUGUGGCUAUUUCUGUCAUAUGUGUGGUUAUUUCUGUCAUAUGUGUGGCUAUUUCUGUCAUAUGCGUGGCUAUUUCUGUCAUAUGUGUGGUUAUUUCUGUCAUAUGUGUGGUUAUUUGUGUCAUAUAUUUGGUCACUUAUGUCAUGUAUGUGGUUUUUUAACUCCUCGCUCUUUAUACCUGUCUAUUGAUCUAUGUAUAACUGACUGUUCACACCAGUCUUUUGAUGAAUGUGUAAUUGACUGCUCAUACGAGUCUAUUGCUCUAUUUGUAACUGACUCUUCACACCAGUCUAUUGAUCUAUAUAUAACUGACUGUUCACACGAGUCCAUCGCUCUAUUUGUAACUGACUCUUCACACCAGUUUAUUGAUCUAUGUAUAACGGACCGUUCAAACCAGUCUAUUGACCUAUGUAUAACUGACUGUUCACACCAGUCUAUUGAUCUAUGUGAAACCGACUUUAGAUACACGACUCUAUUUGAAAGUAAACUGUUUGAUAAGGUCCUCUAGUUGCAUAGUUUCAGACCGGGUUACCCAGCAUGAGGUGAUCACACCCUAAUAAGUACAAAGUAGCAUUGUAGCGGGUGCGGGGGAAAUGGCUUACAAUAACAGAGGAGAUAUUGAAUUUAAUUUUAAGAUAUGAUAGAAAUGUCUUUUUUUUGUUGUUGUUUUUUUAAUGUCUUCCUGUAAUAUUUUCAUCGAUGUGAAUUUCAAGUCAUUUAAUGUUUCUUUAAUUUUUUAAACAUUUAUUUGAAAUUCAGUUUAAAAAUAAAACAUAUUUUUUUUCAAUUUUCUACUAUUUGUUCUACAAAGGCCCUAUAGUUUCCUAACAAAUGUUCAAUAGAGUGUUUUUUUAAACCAGAUAUCGCCAACUGAACCAUACAAUAUUUAUGCUCAUUGUCUGAAUCCUAUGUUUGACUUAGUUAUAACAUUGUAUCCUCUAUACCAGAUGUCACCAAUUGGCCAUACAAUAUAUCUGCUCAUUGUCUGAAUCCUAGGUUUGACAUAGUUGUAACACUGUAUCCUCUAUACCAGAUGUCGUCAACUGGACUACGAGUAAAGAAAUGAAAGCUCUAGGCCCGAGGAGGAGUAAAUUCCAGGACACACUCAAAUAUUCAACACAGUCCACCCAACGACAUAGCUACCCGGGCUACUGGCUAGGCAAAGAGCUGCGAAGACAUCCAAACAGGGUAGCAAGUGAAGGGGCAAGUAAGUAUUGUAUCUGUGCUACUGGCAUUUUGACUGGGGGCUGGCAGAGAAGACAUUUAAACAGGGUACCAAGUGAAACAACUAGCUAAGUGCUGUAUCUGAGUAGGCUAGGCAAAGAGCUUAGAUCAUAUCCACACAGGUUACCAAGAGGAAGAGUUAGUUAGAAGUGCCCUUGUGCUUCUGGCUGGGUAAAGAGCUAUCACACAGGUUACCCAGAGAAAGAGUUAGUUAGUAGUGCCCUUGUGCUUCUGGCUGGGUAAAGAGCUAUCACACAGGUUACCCAGAGAAAGAGUUAGUUAGUAGUGCCCUUGUGCUUCUGGCUGGGUAAAGAGCUAUCACACAGGUUACCCAGAGAAAGAGUUAGUUAGUAGUGCCCUUGUGCUUCUGGCUGGGUAAAGAGCUAUCACACAGGUUACCCAGAGAAAGAGUUAGUUAGUAGUGCCCUUGUGCUUCUGGCUGGGUAAAGAGCUAUCACACAGGUUACCAAGAGAAAGAGUAAGUUAGAAGUGUCCUUGUGCUUCUGGCUGGGUAAAGAGCUAUCACACAGGUUACCAAGAGAAAGAGUAAGUUAGAAGUGUCCUUGUGCUUCUGGCUGGGUAAAGAGCUAUCACACAGGUUACCAAGAGAAAGAGUAAGUUAGAAGUGUCCUUGUGCUUCUGGCUGGGUAAAGAGUUAUCACACAGGUUACCAAGAGAAAGAGUAAGUUAGAAGUGUCCUUGUGCUUCUGGCUGGGUAAAGAGUUAUCACACAGGUUACCAAGAGAAAGAGUAAGUUAGAAGUGUCCUUGUGCUUCUGGCUGGGUAAAGAGCUAUCACACAGGUUACCAAGAGAAAGGGUUAGUUAAAAGUGCCCUUGUGCUUCUGGCUGGGUAAAGAGCUAUCACACAGGUUACCAAGAGAAAGAGUUAGUUAGUAGUGCCCUUGUUCUUCUGGCUGGGUAAAGAGCUAUCACACAGGUUACCGAGAGAAGGAGUUAGAAGUGCCCUUGUGCUUCUGGCUGGGCAUUGAACUGAGUAGAACCAACCCCAACAUAUCCCAACAACACAGCAAACACACAAAACCAAAAGGAGGAACUAGGUCAGGGAUCCAGUGAGUAUUGUCAAUUGAAUCUGGAACACUUUUAAGGGUUUGGGGUACAACCAAUACCGUCAUUUGGAGGGUGCAGGUGGUGCGGACCGCACCGGGUGACAACCUAACGGGGGGGGGGUGAGGGGGGGUGGGGGGGGGCACCCAACAGUGACAACUUAAUAAAAAUAAAAUUUGCUGACAAAUAUUCUCAGUCACCACACAUUUUUUAAGAGCAAACUUCAAAGUUAUUUUAUUGCAACAAUAAAGCUGGGGAAAAAAUCAAUCAUUAAUACGACUUUAUUGCCAUGACUCUAUGGAGUAUGUCAAAUAUCAAAUAAGUAGAUCUAUGUUUGUAUUGCUCUGACUCUAUGUCAUAUGACCAUUAUACAUGAGCUUUAUUUUAUGCAUGCUCUGAUGAUAUCCUGCUAUAAUGACAUCCUGCUGUGGUGAGACCCUGCUGUGGUGAAACCCUGCUGUGGUGAGACCCUGCUGUGGUGAGACCCUGCUGUGGUGAGACCCUGCUGUGGUGAGACCCUGCUGUGGUGAAACCCUUCUUUUGUAGUUAAAUCUACACAACUGUGAAACCAUCUAGGGGGGAUUUUCCUAUUGGUGUCCACCCCCCCCCUCACCUUUUUGAGAGUGUCAGACGGUGCGGUCAGUAGCCCUAACGUCCUUGAGAGUGUCAGAAGGUGCGGUCAGUAGGCCUAGCGUCCUUGAGAGUGCCAGAAGGUGCCGUCAGUAGGCCUGCUCUCCCCCUCCUCCCCUCCUUUAGAGUGUCAGACGGUGCGGUCAGUAGGCCUGCUCUCCCCCUCCCCCCCUCCUUGAGAGUGUCAGACGGUGCAGUCAGUAGGCCUACCGUCCUUGAGAGUGUCAGACGGUGCAGUCAGUGAGCCUACCCUUCUUGUGGCGUUGUAUCACAAAGGAACUAAAUAUAAAAUUGUAUCUAUGAGACAAAGAAUGACGCAUAAACAGACACCAACAUAUUAAAACACACGUACACACACAUACAUACACCUUCUCUCUCUCUCUCUCUCUCUCUCUCUCUCUCUCACUAAAUAUAAAAUUGUAUCUAUGAGACAAAGAAUGACGCAUAAACAGACACCAACAUAUUAAAACACACGUACACACACAUACAUACACCUUCUCUCUCUCUCUCUCUCUCUCACAAUAUCUAAAUAUAUAUAUAAGACACACAAAGACACACACACAGACACACACACAUACAAACACACACACACACACACACACACACACACUCACUCUCUCUCUCUCUCUCUCUCUCUCUCUCUCUCUCUCUCUCUCUCUCUCAUACACACACACAAAAUAACAACGAAACACACAAACUUUCAAUUCUAUCAGAAGUUCCAUGUUUCUAUCUCUCCCCAGCCCCGACGACCUACCACCUUGUACCUUACCCGAGACCCAAAGAUCAUCGUCUCACCAUAGAGAACUAUGACACGAGCGGGGGCCCUGAAGAUCCAAGCACACGGUGUCGCAUGUUUACGGUCCCCCAUUACGUGCCGGACCCCUAUCCCGGCACGCCCUUGCCCGAGGGGAUACAAAAACCGGAAGAAAAACCUAGCACCUCUAAAAUGCACUGGAUCCAAUAGAUAACGAAAGAAAAAAAAAGACAAAAGAAAAC